AUGUUGGCCGCUUUAAUUUGUUUGCUUCUAACAAUUCCGGUUAUAAUAUAUCUUGUCAGGGAAAAACGGUGAGUUUUAUAUGAAAAUUAUGGGAAAAUUAUCGAUUUUUUUCGGCAGAAAACCCAAAUCCAUCGCAUUUUUUCACCCAUAUUGUAAUGCUGGCGGAGGUGGGGAACGUGUUUUGUGGGCGGCGAUUCGAGCCAUGCAAAAAUCCCACCCAAACUACAAAUACUACGUGUAUUCGGGCGAUUUUGAUGCGAAUAAGGAGGAGAUUUUGCUGAAAGCGAGGCAACGGUUCGGAAUUGAACUAGAUCCCGAAAAUGUGGAAUUUGUGUAUUUGUAGUGAGUUUUUUCGGGGAAAAAUCCAAAAUCCAGGACAUUUGGUGUGUUUUACAAGCGAAAAUUCAUGAAAAAUCGAUAUUUUCUCAUUGGAGCGCACAUGCUCUUCCGAAUUCAAAAUUUUCGUAGAAUUUCUUGCUUUUAAGGUUAAUUUUGAUGAAAAAUUCGUUUUUGGCCGAAAAAAACUAUAAAAAAUCAAGAAUUUCUCAUUGGAGCGCAUUUGCUCUUCCGAAUUAAAAAAAAAGCUUAAUUUUCAUGAAAAAUUCAAGAAAACCUUGAAUUUUCCACCAAAAACCAUAAAAAAUCGAUAUUUUCUCAUUGGAGCGCAUUUGCUCUUCCAAAUUCAAAAAAACAACUUAAUUUUUAUGAAAAAUUCAAGAAAACCUUGAAUUUUACAUUAAAAACCAUGAAAAAUAGCCAAAUUCUCAUUGGAGCGCAUUUGCUCUUCCGAAUUCAAAAAAAAAAAACUUAAUUUUCAUGAAAAAUUUAAGAAAAAUUCGAAUUUUCCAUUUUAAACCAUGAAAAAUAGCCAAAUUCUCAUUAGAGCGCAUUUGCUCUUCCGAAUUCAAAAUUUUCGUGGAAUUUCUUGCUUUUAAGGUUAAUUUUCAUGAAAAAUACGUUUUUGGACCGAAAAAUUCAAGAAAAAUUCGAAUUUUCCAUUUUAAACCAUGAAAAAUAGCCAAAUUCUCAUUAGAGCGCAUUUGCUCUUCCGAACUCAAAAAAAAGCUUAGUUUUCAUCAAAAAUACGUUUUUGGAACGAAAAAAUCAAGAAAACCUUGAAUUUUCCACCAAAAACCAUAAAAAAUCAAGAAUUUCUCAUUAGAGCACAUUUGCUCAUUCGAAUUCAAAAAAGUAUCGUUUUUUUUUUGAAUUUCAACCUAUUCUACCUCAUUUUUCAUCAUUUUUCACGCUGAAAACGAGAAAAUCCAUGAUUUUCAGCCAAUUUUCAGCUCUCGCCGUCUCGUCGAAGCCGAUUUAUACCCCCAUUUCACCAUGUUAAUGCAAGCAAUUAUGGGCGGUUUUUUGGCACUCGAAGCACUUUUCCAUCUGGUUCCCGAGGUUUUCAUCGAUUCUAUGGGAUAUCCGCUGGCACUUCCGAUUUUUCGCAUUUUUGCUGGAGCUAAAGUUGGAGCAUAUGUGCAUUAUCCAACGAUUUCGUGUGGUGAGUUGGCAUUUUUUGGGGUUUUGAGCCAAAAAUGACCAAUUUUCAUGUGUUUUAGUGAAAAAAUCACGAAAAUUCACCUAAUAUGAGCAAUGCCAUACAAAAACUGGAAUUUCUAAGCUUUAAACCAGGUUUAAUAUGAGCAAUGCCUCAAAAAUCAGCUUUUUUCGACUUUUUUAUGUGAAAAUUCAUAUAAUAUGAGUAAUGCUCUAAAAAAUUGCUCAUAUUAGGCAGAAAACUUCAAAUUUUGAUUUAAAAAUCAUAUAAUAUGAGCAAUGCUCUGAAAAUUGCUCAUAUUAGGCAGAAAACUUCAAAUUUUGAUUUAAAAAUCAUAUAAUAUGAGCAAUGCUCUGAAAAUUGCUCAUAUUAGGCAGAAAACUACAAAUUUUGAUUUAAAAAAUCAUCUAAUAUGAGCAAUUCCACAAUUUUCUGCCUAAAAUUCAAGAGAAUUGCUCAUUUUAUACAAAAACUGGAAUUUCUAACGUUUAAAACAGGUUUAAUAUGAGCAAUGCCUCAAAAAUCAGCUUUUUUCGACUUUUUUCAUGUGAAAAUUCAUAUAAUAUGAGCAAUCCUCUGAAAAUUGCUCAUAUUAGUCAAAAACAUUCAAAACCUGGGUUGAAAUCGUCAAAUUCUAUAUAAUAUGAGCAAUCCUAUGAUUUUUGCUUGAAAUUGCUCAUUUUUACCCGAAAAACUUGAAUUUUAGGUCUAAAAUGAGCAAUUUUCAGCCAAAAAUCUCGAAUUUUGUGUCAAAAAAUCGAUUUUUUUUCCAGAUAUGCUUGAAGUUGUGUCAACUCGUCAAUCCACAUUCAAUAAUUCAAGUCUAAUCGCCCAAAGUCACAUUUUAUCUAUUCUCAAACUCUACUAUUAUCGAUUAUUCUCAUUUUUCUAUUUUUUGGCCGGAAAAUCGGCCAAAAUCGUAAUGGUUAAUGGAAAAUGGACACAACGACACAUUUGCUCGAUUUGGAGCCGAAAAGACGUCGAAAUUGUAUAUCCACCGUGUGAUGUUGAAGCGUUUUUGGAAAUUGAGAGCCAGGCGGAGAAUUUGUGAGUUUUUGGGGUGAAAUUCGAUGAAAAUCGAUAAAUUUUGACCCAAAAUUUGAAAAAAUUGUGUUUUCUAACCUAAAAUCGAUAAAUUUGAGCCGGAAUUUGGAAACAUCGCAAAAUUUUGACCCAAAAGCCAUGUUUCUAGCUCAAAAUUCAUCAAAAAUUGAUAUUUUCUCAUUGGAGCGCAUUUGCUUGUCCGACUUCAGAAAUUUUUGUCAUAAAGCAUGUGAAAUUCGAUGAAAAAUCGAUUUUUCGAGCUGGAAUUCAAAGAAAUUUAGUGUUUUUAACCUAAUUUUCAUGAAAAAUCGAUAUUUUCUCAUUGGAGCGCAUUUGCUUGUCCGACUUCAAAUAUUUUGUUACAAAUCAUGGUUUUCAUGUAAAAUUCGAUGAAAAAUCGAUUUUUCGAGCUGGAAUUCAAAGAAAUUUAGUGUUUUUAACCUAAUUUUCAUGAAAAAUCGAUAUUUUCUCAUUGGAGCGCAUUUGCUUGUCCGACUUCAAAUAUUUUGUUACAAAUCAUGGUUUUCAUGUAAAAUUCGAUGAAAAAUCGAUUUUUCGAGCUGGAAUUCAAAGAAAUUUAGUGUUUUUAACCUAAUUUUCAUGAAAAAUCGAUAUUUUCUCAUUGGAGCGCAUUUGCUUGUCCGACUUCAAAUAUUUUGUUACAAAUCAUGGUUUUCAUGUAAAAUUCGAUGAAAAAUCGAUUUUUUGAGCUGAAAUUCAAAGAAAUUUAGUGUUUUUAACCUAAUUUUCAUGAAAAAUCGAUAUUUUCUCAUUGGAGCGCAUUUGCUUGUCCGACUUCAAAAAUUUUGUGUGAAAUUCGAUGAAAAAUCGAUUUUUUCGAGCUGAAAUUCGAAGAAAUUUAGUGUUUUUAACCUAAUUUUCAUGAAAAAUCGAUAUUUUCUCAUUGGAGCGCAUUUGCUUGUCCGAUUUCAAAAAUUUUGUUACCAAGCAUGGUUUUCAUGUGAAAUUCGAUUAAAAAUCGAUUUAUCGAGCUGGAAUUCGAGAAAUUUAGUGUUUUUAACCUAAUUUUCAUGGAAAAUCGAUAUUUUCUCAUUAGAGCGCAUUUGCUUGUCCGACUUCAAAAAAUGAUGAUUUUUGACUCAAAAAAUCCCGAAUUUUCUCAAAAAUCUCAUUUUUCCAGAUUCGAAGAGACGAAAAUCCUACGAAUUCUUUCUGUCGGCCAAAUUCGACCCGAAAAAAAUCACCGACUUCAAAUCGAAAUUCUGCACGAUGUGAAAAAUCGACUGAAAUCCGAUGUGGAAGUUCGACUUUGUAUUGCUGGAGGAUGUAGAAAUGAGGAAGAUCGGAAGAGAGUCGAAGAUUUGAAGGUAGCUUGAAAUUUGGAGCAUUUUGAGCCAGAAAAUUGGAUUUUUUGAGGGAAUUUGGAGCAUUUUGAGCCUAAAAUUCAAAAAAUUGGUGAAAUUUGGAGCAUUUUGAGCUAGAAAAUUGGUUUUUUGAGGGAAUUUGGAGCAUUUUGAGCCUAAAAUUCAAAAAUUUGUUAAAAUUUGGAGCAUUUUGAGCUCAAAAAUUGAAUUUUUGAGGGAAUUUCAAGCAUUUUGAGCCCGAAAAUUCAAAAAAUUUGUUAAAUUUGGAGCAUUUUGAGCUCAAAAAUUGAAUUUUUGACCUGAAAUUAAAAUUUGGAGCAUUUUGAGCUCGAAAAUUGAAUUUUUGACCUGAAAUUAAAUUUUGGAGCAUUUUGAGCCCGAAAAUUGAGCUUUUGAGCAAAUUUUAAGCAUUUUGAGCCGGAAAAUUGAAUUUUUGACCUAAAAUUAAAUUUUGGAGCAUUUUGAGCCCGAAAAUUGAGCUUCUGAGCAAAUUUGGAGCAUUUUGAGCCCAAAAAUUGAAUUUUUACUUGAAAUUAAAUUUUGGAGCAUUUUGAGCUCGAAAAUUGAAUUUUUGAGGGAAUUUGGAGCAUUUUGAGCCCAAAAAUUGAAUUUUUUACUUGAAAUUAAAUUUUGGAGCAUUUUGAGCUCGAAAAUUGAAUUUUUGAGGAAAUUUGGAGCAUUUUGAGCCCAAAAAUUGAAUUUUUGAGGGAAUUUGGAGCAUUUUGAGCCCAAAAAUUGAAUUUUUUACUUGAAAUUAAAUUUUGGAGCAUUUUGAGCUCGAAAAUUGAAUUUUUGAGGAAAUUUGGAGCAUUUUGAGCCAGAAAAUUGAGCUUCUGAGCAAAUUUUAAGCAUUUUGAGCCCAAAAAUUGAAUUUUUGACCUGAAAUUAAAUUUUUAAGCAUUUUGAGCCCGAAAAUUGAAUUUUUGAGGGAAUUUGGAGCAUUUUGAGCUCGAAAAUUGAAUUUUUGACCUGAAAUUAAAUUUUGGAGCAUUUUCAGGCUUAUGCUCAAGAACUGAAUGUUGCUGAAAAUCUGGAAUUCAAAGUCAAUAUACCAUAUGAGGAUUUGAUUCAAGAAUUAUCGGUGAGUUGCUCAGAUUAUACUAAAUUUUGAAAUUUUCACCCAAAAACCACGGAUUUUCAUCAAAAAUCAAUUGAUUUUUUGAAGUCGGAUGAGCAAAUGCGCUCCAAUGAGAAUUUGCGUUAAAAACAUGAUUUUUAGCUUAAAAUUAUCGAUUUUUCCACCAAAAAACCCAUUUUUCUUCCAGCGCUCUUUAAUUUCGCUGCACACAAUGCACAAUGAGCAUUUCGGUAUUUCAGUAGUCGAAGCGAUGGCCGCCUCAACAAUUUUGGUAUCAAAUGAUUCGGGCGGACCACAAAUGGAUAUUGUCAGGGAUUUUGAGGGAAAAUGCGUGGGAUUUUUGUCGAUUUCCAGGGAAGGUGAGCGAAUUUGGUGAAUUUUGAGCCGAAAAACAUGAAAAAUGAUGGAUUUUCAGCCCAAAACCUUGAAAAUUGGGCCUAAUUAGUGUUAAUUACCCCCUAAUUACCCUAAGCCUAAAUUUAAUAAUUUUUGAGCCGAAAAACAUGAAAAUUGAUGAAUUUCAGGUCCAGAACUUCGAAAAUUGGGCCUAAUUAGUGUUAAUUACCCCCUAAUUACCCUAAGCCCAAUAAGGCCCUAAAUUCCUAAUUUUCUAGACCUUUUUUAUCUCGAAAAUUGCAAUUUUGAUCAAUUUUUCUUUGUGUUUCGCGAAAAAACCGGUUUUUUUUGAGAACAAAUCUCGUUUUUCCUUUUUUUUUCUUUUUUUUUUUGAGAAAAUCUGAGAUUUUUAUUGAUUUUUGGGGAUUUAAUUAGGCUAAUUAGCGUUAAUUAGCCUUGAUUAAUAUAUUUCUAAUUAUAGACAAAAAAACUGGGAAUUUUCUGAAGCCUAAGGUGGAAAAUUACAGAAAUUCCAGAUUUUGAGUCAAAAAUGCAUCAUUUUCAAUAUUUAAUUAGUCUAAUUAGUGUUAAUUAGCCUUAAUUACCUUAAAUCAAAAUUACUCAUGUUUGGCGUCAAAAAACUGGAAAUUUACAGAGAUUUUUGAAUUCUAGGUUUAAAAAUUGCAAAAAUUCCAGAAUUUUCAGACUUAAUUAUCGCUAAUUAUCACUAAUUAUUGUUAAUUAGCCUUAAUUACCUUAACUCAAAAUUAGUCAUAUUUGGUGUCAAAAUAUUGCAAAUUUUCCCGAGAUUUUCGAAUUCUGGGUUGAAAAACUGCAAAAAUUCCUGAUUUUCAGACCUAAUUAUCUCUAAUUAUCACUAAUUAGUGUUAAUUAGCCUUAAUUACCCUAACUCUAAAUUAAUCAUGUUUAGUGUCAAAAAACUGCAAAUUUUCCCGAGAUUUUUGAAUUCUAGGUUGAAGAGCUGCGAAAAUUCCAGAUUUUCAGACCUAAUUAUCUCUAAUUAGUGUUAAUUAGCCUUAAUUACCCUAAAUCAAAAUUAAUCAUGUUUGGUGUCAAAAAAUCGCAAAUUUUCCCGAGAUUUUCUAAUUUUAGGUCUAAAACUGCAGAAAUCCCAGAUUUUCAGACUUAAUUAUCUCUAAUUAGUGUUAAUUAGCCUUAAUUACCCCAACUCAAAAUUAAUCAUGUUUGGUGUCAAAAAAUCGCAAAUUUUCCCAAUUUUCCAGAAUACACUGAAACAAUUCUACGAAUAGUCGAAAAAUCGCGCGAAACCCGCGACGAAAUUCGCAAAUUUGCGCGAAAAUCGCUGGAACGAUUCGGCGAACUGGCAUUCGAAAAUGGAUGGAAUCGAGAAGUCGAAAAAUUGUUGAAAAAUUAA